AUGACGAAAAUAUCCACUAAAAUGUUCAGUAUUUUUACGUUAUCCCUUGUUUUAAAGCACAGUUAAAGCCGUUUUCGUGACAAUGGCUAGUGGAGAUGAGUUGGAAAAUUUUCGAAAGCAAUGGGAAAGAGAAUUGAAACAUUCACGUCGGAGAAAUUAUGCGAUUUCCCAAAAGUCGAAUUCGGAUAACAAACCUGACAUUGCCAGAGAAGAUGAGCUUCGAGUUAAGGACGAAUUAAUUCGAAAUCAUCAUCGUAUUCCAAUAGAAAUUCUUGAAAACAAUGAUUCCAACUCAACUGAGAAUUACCACCCUUUCGUGAUCGUUGACAAUUUGCUCAAGAGUGGGCAUCAUCCUUCGUCAACAGAGAAGACAAAGGGCAAUUGUUAUUUCAACCGUGAGAAUGACGAUGAUGGCAUGGUUACAACUGGAAACGUUCCUCGCCCGGACACAGAUCUUACAAACUGCUUAUUGUCACCAGAAUCAAAACGUAGAAAGCUAUCCAACCCAUCUCAAAUUGCACAUGUAAAAGACAAAAGUGGAGAGAAAGUAAUAAAUAAAAACCAAAGAUUGCUGGAUCAGUUAAUAUCAGAUCUUGAUGAAAUAACAGAAAUUCCUUUCUUUGACAUCAACCUUCCGAGAGAACUUGCACUGAAGAUUUUUCAUCACCUGGAUUUUGCUGAUCUGUGCCGUUGUUCUCAGGUGAGUAAAGCAUGGAGAAGCUUGGCUGAGGAUGAGUUACUGUGGUACCAAGUUUGUCACAGGUUAGGGGAACACAAGCAGAUGACAGAGGGUGGAGACUGGAAAUCACAUGCUAGGUACUGUGUGACCAGGAGGAGACAACUGCUAGCAAACUGGAAGAGCCGAGUGGGCAGUUUACAACAAUUCCAGUACAUAAAAGGUGGUGUUCUCUGUCAUGUCAGCUCCAGCGAAGGAAGACUUGUGGCUGGGUACACUAAUGGACAGGUAAAGAUGUGGCAGCUAAAGUCUGGGGAGGAAUGUGUCUUCCAGCCCUCCUCUACUGCCCUGGUGAUAGACGAGGCUCAAGAGGAGGGGACACUGGCCAAUCUGCUGAUCUCCACAGCUACCUCAGAUACACUGACAGCAGCAGGCUACUCACAAGGUAUUGUAGACGUGUGGCAAAAUGAUGGCAGCACCCAGCCUAUCUACACCAUCCCCUGUACAGAGGGCAUGUCUCACCUCACCCUGGCUCCUGGCCAGCCUCUUGUCCUCACAGCCCAUGGGCCGUACGUCCGCUUUGACUUAGGGAGGGGGAGGGAAGUCAGCUGCAUCAAAAAGGUGAAACACGUUCGACUUUUAAGGUGCCCAGAGCCAUACAUUCCUGUAUGGUACAAGACUGUGGUAGCUACAAACAAUGUGGUCUGGGUGCACAGGCCUGGCCAUUCACAUGACAGCAUGACUGAGGUACACAAUAUAACAGAGGCCCCUAUAACUGCCAUGGAUGUCUCCCCUGACACUUACCAGUUGGCUGUAGGGGUCAGCAUGCUGGGUGGACCUCAACAGUCUUGUAAGGUGAAGCUCUACUGCCUGAAGAGUGGGAGGUUACUGAGUACCCUGAAAGGUCACACAUACUUCAUCAGCUGUAUCAACCUUCACUCGUCACCAGCCAAUCAUCUGGUCACGGGGUGUGGAGAUAGGAAAGUUCGUGUGUAUGACCUGCGGUGCACGUCCCCGGCCAUGACCCUGGCUGCACACACCCACGUGGUCUCUCAGGUACAGAUGGAUGACUGGAAGGUGGUGUCAGGGGGAGAGGAUGGACUUACCUGUGUGUGGGACCAGAGGAUGGCCCUUAAACUCUGGGACUGGCACAACAGGCAUCCAGUCAGGUACAGUCAGUUUGAAGACAGUCAGCUGGUUGUAGCUAACAUACCAGUAGAAAAGUUCCCACAGACUGACCAGUUUGAAACUUCACUACACAAGAGGUAUCGGGGAUCAAUCCAGCUGUAUGACUUCCUGAGUGAUCAGAGUACACAGGGUGUUCCAGAGAACUGUCUGUCCAACUACGACAUCGCUGAGGGCUACGAUUACAACAUACGACUGACAGUACCCUAUGACAUUGUGUGAGAAGGGAAAAACAGUCCUGUGUGAUGAUGGAAAGUUUCACUGUCUGGAUCUC